AGAUUGGCUUCUUUAACACAGCUAAGACGUUCUCAAAUACACACAGACGUCGACAGCUUUCAAAGCAGAACAUAAGUGAUGUAACUUAGUAGGCUAUAUACUGUACAAUAAAUCUUUACAUUUUUUUUCUUAAGGCUCUUCUGUUGCAGCUCUUAACCACCCGAAACUGGUUUCGAUCAACCUGACGGAAUUUUAAUUUUAUCUUGUGUUGGCAUUUCAGUUCUGAGCAGAAAAAUAAUCUCAAAGCAUAAUAUAGCCUACUCUCUAACACCUACACUUCCUUGCUUGGCAACCGAGGAAAAAGACAGAGUGAAUGACACCACCCUCAGAUGUAAAUUCUGAACGUGGCAGAAGGGAAGGUGGACAGUUGCAGCCCACCCAGGGAGCAGGUCAUCCUCAGAACAGAGCAGGGUCUUCAGCCUCCUUACCAACCCAGUCUGAAGGUGCUCACACUGGUGACGGGGACCAGCCUGUGCCCACCAGCCUGCAGGGAGGAUUUCCAAUGUCCCGUAGUCCCAAUCAUUAUGCUUCACGGUGCCCAUUGUUUAGAUCCUUGUCCAGAUCGUCCAGUGGAUAUUUUUCCUUUGACUCUGAGUCCAUUUCAAGUCCGCCACCUAUGAGCCAUAACAAGUCCACACAGACUCCGAGCCCAGCUAGUCAAAUUAUUUCACACGCCCAGCAUUGCUUAGCCCAACAACAUGAAAACGCGCAAGGCCAUGGAAAUCAGGUAGCAACCCAUGGUUGCGCAACUGCACUUGGAACAUUUGUAGACAUACCACAAGCCCCUCCUGGGCCUUAUAGACCACGGUCAUUAUCAAUGCCUACAGAUAUGCGGCCAGAGGUUUGGGUUGCCCAGGAGCUGCGUCGCAUUGGAGAUGAGUUCAACUGUUUGUAUCAGAGGGAUAUCGGAGGCAGGAAUGGCAGAGCAGCGCAGAACAAUCACAAUGAAGUCCAAAACGAGCAGAAUUUCAUGCGCUGGCUUGCCAUCGUGGUUCGAAGACUCUUUCAGAUCUACAUGAGAUGGCAUUGAAUGACAUGGAUUUACUUUAUCUGUACGCCACACUGCAGACAGGUUUACUUGGACUUUAAACCCAGCAAAUAAGUAGCAAACAUACUGUAUAUAUGUAUAAAACAUUUUCAAGGACUAUGAUUUUUUUUUUAAUGCAAAAAUAUGUUAGGCACUUUUCUCCCAGAUUAACUAUGAGACAUCCGUUCACUGGUUGCGUCUAUCAGUAGGAUCUUUGUCUGGCUAGUGGCUACCAUGUCGAAGAUGCAUCCAGAAUGAUUUUUUUUAUUUUUAUUGAUCAAUUGCUCUGAGCUUUGCAUCUCAGACAUUGUAACGUUUCCUGCUAUUUACUGAAACUGAGCCAGCUACUAUGCAAUCUGCCUGACAUUGGGGGAGGGGAGCCUGUGUCAUUUCACAUCAGAUCAUUCAAAAUCUGAUUUUUUUUGACCAACUCCAAUCUUGAUGAAAUUUGGCACCGUUGUAGGUACAAUAGAGAUGAUACAAUUCUAAUUUGGAGGUCAGUGGGUCAAAUGGCUUCCAAAUUAUGGGUCAUUGAAGAUUUUAGGUUUUUCAGGUGCCCGAGGGGUCAAGUUCAACAUUAUAAGCCAUAACUCCCUUAUUUGUGGAGUUACAGAGAAAACUAAGACAUCAUUGGAAAGCUAUCUUUCAGCCCUUUCCAACCGUGUUCCCAUAAAAAGUUAAUGAUUAUUCUGACCAAAUGACCCAACUUGGAUUUUCACAAACUAUGUGGGAAUAGAUUCACCAGACCCUGGGCAACAUGGCUAGAAAAAACCAAGCUGUGCACUUCAUGGUCACCAAAGAUAGCCAAAAUGUAUGGAAUUAGAUAUGAAAGAAAACUUUCUUUUUUUGUGUGCAUUUUGUGCAAGUUUUAUUUGGGCACGCAUUUUUUACAAGCAGUAAACAAUAUUUUUUUACUUUUAUUUUUAUUAAGUCAUCCUGCUUAUUCCUAAACUAAAGCCCCUUUCACACUAGCUGCUCAGGACCUGGUGCCAUGUGGGUCAGCUACGCGAUUUCACACUGCUUUGAUAAAGCACGGUUGACCUGAGUGAAGCAGCUUGUUACGGACGCUUCCAUCCAAGCUUCUCUGGAUUGAUCUGUCUGCCCAAAUGUUGAUUAGAUCAAAUGCUUCUCCAUCCCUGCUGAUGGUUUGUCUCAAUUAACAAAAAUAUGGCUAAACAGAAAUGUUCCUUGCGGAAGUGAAACCUUCACGCAGGUGUGGCUGUUUGUUAUUUUGUCGGCUUACGAACGGCCGUCAUGCAUUUUGUCUCGCUCAACCUGGGUCAAAGCGUGUCGACCCACAUCCUGAGGUGGGUCGCUGUGAGUAUGCGUUUUAUAUAUAUAUAUAUAUAUAUAUAUAUAUAUAUAU